AUGGCCGAAGGUGGGAAAAAGGCAAAGGGAAAGGGAAAAGCUCCGAAACCUGGAGCCAAGCAAGAUUCACCUCUAGUAAAGCUACUGAAGGCCUGCCUAAAGGAAUAUGAUGCCAAGUGCAUUCAAUUUGAAUGUUCUCCAUGCGCAACCAUACGUGAUGCACUUCGGUUAGGAAUUGACGAGGAGAAGCCAAUAUAUAGUUUUGUGAUGGAUCCCAAGGACCGCCGAAAAGUAGAGUACUGGAAUGACAAAAAAUUUACAAAGUACUUUGAGGAGGGUGGAGAAGAGGGUUUGGCCGCACGAAAGAAAAAAAAGAAGAAGAAAGUUUCGAAACCCGAAAAACCACUGGUCAGACUCCUCCCCUUCAUUGACACCCUUCGCAAUCAUCGUUAUUGUCAGAUCAAAGAACUGCUUGUAUGGGAUGUUUAUGUAGAUCAUAGUGACAUGAUGUGUCUGGCAAGCAUGCUUACCAAGGGUUGCUAUGAUAUGGAGAUGAUUGAACUGGUAGACUGCUUUAUUAAUCAAAAGGCCCUAGAUGUAUUUGCCCCAAGUGUCAACCAUACGCGGACGCUUUCCGACUUGAUUCUGGACUUCAAUGAGUUCGGCGACAGUGGCUGUCAGGUUCUAUGUGAAGGCCUCGCCAACUGUCACUGGCUUAUCCGCCUUAGUCUUUGUUUCUGUGAUUUACACAAGCAAAGCGGAAUAUGGCUGGGAAAUUUGAUUGCGGAAACAUCGAUCAGGGAGUUGUUUCUCGAUGGCAACCAUCUCGAAGCAGAGGGUGCGAUCGCCCUUUUAACGCAGAUCUCCGAGGCCGCGGUCAACGAAGGCUUCGAGAGAGAACGCGCUGCACAACUUAAAAUCGAACAGGCAGAGGCAGCAAAGAACGGUAAGACUGAGUUACCUAUGGAAAUUAGCCACCUACAUCUUGCCGAGAACGGUAUCAACCACAUGGGUCGUGGAGGGAAUUUCGCUCCUGUCCGUUGCAUGCAGCUGAUCAAGGAGAUCAUAAAAAACUCGAAAGACCUCCAGGAAAUCGACCUUUUUGGCAACGAGAUUGGCCAAGUUGGUGGCCGAAUACUCCUUGAAGGUGUGCUGGCGCGCAUUGACAACAAGCUGCCCAAGAUCGGUGUUCGAGUUAGUCACCUACUUAACCAGGAUACCUACGAUGCUAUCUGCAAGUUGGCACCUGGUCCAAAACCGAAGAAAAAGAAAAAUAUUCGUCGAUAA